AUUCUGUUGUUUCUUUCUUCUUCUAUUUCUUGUAUAUAUCAUAUCACAAUCACAAAGAAGUUUUGAAUUGCAUUUGGAGGAUACACAGAAUCAACAAAGAUGAACUUGAAGACGAGCAGUGAGGUGGAGACUAGGACUCUCCUUGAAGAGGUUUGUUCCUUUGAUAGGAAAGGAUUGUUUGAUCUUGGCCAUCCUCUUCUUAACCGCAUCGCUGAAAGCUUUGUCAAAGCCUCUGGAAUUGGUGCCGUUCAAGCUGUUUCUCGUGAUGCUUAUUCCAUAGCCACUCAAGGUAACAAGGUUGGUAACAAUGGUGUUAUACCUCCACCAGAUGUUUCAGCCACAAACAAACGAGGUUUACCCGCUGGUCUUAGAGGAGAGACCAGUAACAAAUCACUUGAGGCCAUGGUGGUGAACACUGGGAAAGAGGCCUUACAAUGGGGAGUGGCUGCAGGAAUAUAUUCAGGCCUAACAUAUGGGCUGAAGGAAGCUCGCGGAGCUCAUGACUGGAAAAACAGCGCAGUUGCCGGAGCAAUCACGGGUGCCACACUUGCACUUACAUUGGAAGACUCCACUCAUGAACAAGUUGUUCAAUGUGCUAUCACUGGAGCUGCAAUUUCUACUGCUGCAAAUCUGUUCAAAGGGAUUUUCUAAAUUAGUACUGUCUAUGGAUAUUUGCCUUUAGCAAUCCUUUUUCUUUUGAACUGUAAAACUUCCUCGUACAUAAAAAAGAUGAACUUGCAAGGAUUUCCCUUUGAAUUUUUAGUUAUUAUGUUUUUAUCCUCUCUUGCU